CGUAAUGGGGAGUACGCCUAUUACUAUCUCUUCCUCGCCUAAAGCUACCUUCGUCCUACUUUUCGUCACUUCCAAGGCCGGAUUUUAACUGAUAAAAUACUAGUAAAAUAUAUUGUCAUCAAGUUCUUACCAUCCUUCUGGAUCAAUUCGUCGAUGCAGGCGAAACUAAUAACCUGAGCUUGAGGCGUCUACUUAAUGGCUCCUAGCACCAUGGCGUCUCAGAAUGCUCUUGACAGCCCCGAAUCGUAUGUCGUCGCGUGGAUCGCUGCUCUCCCCAUCGAGCGGGCCGCGGCGGAAGCGAUGCUUGACGAGGAACAUGCAGCUCCAGCUGGUUUCAAUAGAAACCAAUCCGACGAGAAUGUCUAUACUUGGGGCCGCGUGGGAGAGCACAAUGUUGUUAUUGCCUCCCUUGCCGCAGGCGUCUAUGGCACCACCUCUGCUGCAACUACAGCCUCGAGCCUGCUUGCCUCUCUACCAUCAAUUCGCGUUGGCAUUUUUGUCGGUAUUGGCGGCGGUAUUCCUAGACCGGAUAAGGGCCACGAUGUCAGGCUUGGCGACAUUGUUGUGAGUCAGCCCGAUGGGACCACGGGCGGCGUCUGCCAGUACGACUUGUACAAAGCGAAGUUGGGUGACAAGCGUGAGCGGAAGGGGUUUCUUGGACGGCCGCCAAUAGUCCUCCUAAAUGCACUUACCAAGAUCCAGGCUGUUCACGAAAGGAAAACCCCUAACGUUGCCGCCUUUCUUGAAAAUAUGCUAGAAAGGAACCCGAAGAUGGCUAAGAGAUCAAAGCAAAAUCCUGGCUAUGCCCACCAAGGCCUUGACAACGACCGCCUUUUCAAAAGCUCGUGCGACCACGCCCCCGGGCCAGACUGUCGCAAUUGUAACUCGGCGGACGAGAUUCAACGCGAUCCUCGAGAUUCUACCGACCCUGAGAUCCACUAUGGGACCAUUGCAUCCGGAAACACACUUGUCAAGGAUGCUGCUACGCGUGAUCGCAUUGCUGCUGACAUCGGCGAAAAUUGCCUAUGUUUUGAGAUGGAAGCAGCUGGCUUGAUGAAUCACUUUCCUUGCCUUGUGAUUCGAGGAAUCUGUGACUAUGCGGACUCUCAUAAGAACGAUCGCUGGCAACGCUAUGCCGCAGCGACCGCCGCCGCGUAUGCUAAGGAGCUCCUGGCAUAUAUACCGACCAAGGAGGUGCAAAAGACCAAGAAGGCUUCAGAGGUGCUUCAAUCAAUUCAACAACGGAUAAAUGAAGUGCAGCAAACGACGGCUGCAACGAAAGCCGUAGCUAGUUCCGUCCUGUCUGACAUCCACACUGAGAAGAUCAGGCGCUGGCUUCGUCCCCCAGAUCCGUCUAAAAACCUUAAUGAAGCGAGGAAGCGUCGGCACGAGGGAACAGGCACGUGGCUCCUUGAAAAUCCGGUCUUCAGGGAGUGGCAUUCGGGCUCACACCGAUAUGUAUGGCUGAAUGGGCUUGCGGGCUGUGGGAAGACGAUUCUUAGUGCGACUGUGCUGGAUUAUCUUAUCACGGUACACGACGGCCUUUUACUCUUCUUCUUCUUUGACUUCAGCGAUGCAACAAAACAGACGUUGGACGGCAUGCUGCGAUCAUUUGCUUUCCAACUCUACCUAUUCGGAGCUGUUUCUGGUGGUCCUCUUGACGAGUCAUUCCAGGUACACCGGGAUGGCCACGACCAACCUACAACAAAGACGCUCGAAGAGGUUGUAGGUAAGAUGCUCGCAGCGCAGAAAGAAUGCUCUAUUGUUAUAGACGCCUUGGACGAGUCUACGACGAGGACCGAACUACUGCUAUGGAUAAAGGACAUGGUGGCUAAUUCAGAGUCCAGCGAUAUUAAGUUAAUCUGUACCAGCCGUCCUGAACUCGAGUUCCUGGACGACCUUCCGCCGCUAAUAAGCCCGGAAAACUGUUUAGAACUCGACAAGGAGCCUGUCAACGCUGAUAUCCGAUCUUACGUUGCUGCGCAACUGUCACAAUGGCGCAAGCCCUUGACCCAGGAUCUUCUUGAAAGAAUCCAGAAGAAAGUUGGUGAUGGGGCCGACGGAAUGUUUAGGUGGGCCUUCUGUCAACUAGACAGCCUAGCUCGAUGUCGUCACGAGGCAGCUAUUGAGAGAGCUCUCGAUUCUUUGCCGCAGAGCCUAGACGAGACGUACCGAGACAUGAUCAAAUGCAUACCAAUGGAGCUAAAAAACGACGCGGUACGACUCUUGCAGUUUCUUGUGCACUCGGAGCGACCUAUCACGCUAGCCGAAGCUAUAGAAGUAAUAGCAACACAGAUCGACGAAGAGCCGCGAGGGUUUGACGCCAAGCGUCGACUGUUUAAUGAGACUGAUGUUUUGAGCUACUGUCCCGGCUUAGUGACAGUCGUUCAAGCCAGUGAUAAAGAGCUUCACCUUGCUCACUUUUCUGUCAAAGAGUAUCUACUCGGGGAGAGUGAGUUCAACAUUACAACUGCUAGUAUUCCCCUUACGAUGACGUGUUUGGUUUAUCUUACGAACAUCAGCGGUAGCUACGAUGAAAUAACACAGAGGUUCCCGAUGUCAACAUAUGCGGCGCAAAGCUGGACAAGACACGCUUCUUUGGCACAGGCCGACGCUAAUAUAGUACAAGCCACUGUUAGGUUCUUGGAAGAGGAAGUCACACUCCGGCGAUGGACACAUAUACAUGAGGAAUAUUGGAGAGAUGACGGAGGGUCACCAAGAGCUUCCAGGCUCUACUAUGCUUGCCUCAGUGGGCUUAUAAACACCGCAAGAUGUCUUAUUGUCAAUGGAACCGAUGUCAAUGCACAAGGCGGCAGGUAUUGCACCGCUCUCCAAGCCGCCUCAGCCGAAGGCCACCAAGAGAUUGUUCGGCUAUUAUUAGAAACGGGGGCGGAUAUCAACGCUCAGGGUGGUGAAUAUAGCACCGCUCUCCAAGCCGCAUCAUUAGAAGGCCAUCAAGAAAUCGUUCAGCUAUUGUUAGAAAACGACGCCGAUGUCAAUGCACAAGGCGGCAGGUAUGGCACCGCUCUCCAGGCUGCAUCGUUUGGAGGCUAUCAAGAGAUUAUUCGGUUCUUAUUAGAAAAGGAUGCCGAUGUAAAUGCACAAAACGACGUGUAUGGCACCGCUCUCCAAGCCGCAUCAUUAGAAGGCCAUCAAGAAAUCUUUCAGCUAUUGUUAGAAAAAGACGCCGAUGUCAAUGCACAAGGCGGCAGUUAUGGCACCGCUCUCCAGGCUGCGUCGUUUGGAGGCUAUCAAGCGAUCGUUCAACUACUGCUAGAAAAAGACGCCGAUGUCAAUGCACAAGGCGGCAUAUAUAGCACCGCUCUCCAAGCCGCAUCAGCAGAAGGCCAUCAAGAGAUUAUUCAACUACUGCUAGAAAAGGGAGCUGAUGUCAAUGCACAAGGCGGCAGGUAUGGCACCGCUCUCCAAGCCGCAUCAGUAGAAAACCAUCAAGAGAUUGUUCGGCUAUUAUUAGAAAACGACGCCGAUGUAAAUGCACAAGGCGGCAGGUAUGGCACCACUCUCCAGGCUGCGUCGUUAAGCGGCCAUCACGAGAUUGUUCAACUACUGCUAGAAAAGGGAGCUGAUGUCAAUGCACAAGGCGGCAGGUAUGGCACCGCUCUCCAAGCCGCAUCAGCCAAUGGCCACCAAGAGAUUGUUCGGCUAUUAUUAGAAAACGACGCCGAUGUAAAUGCACAAAACGACGUGUAUGGCACCGCUCUCCAAGCCGCCUCAGCCAAAGGCCAUCAAGAAAUCGUUCAGCUACUAUUGGAAAAGGGGGCGGAUGUCAACGCUCAGGGUGGUGAAUAUGGUACCGCUCUCUAUGCCGCCUCAUUAAGACGCCGCCUAGAGAUUGUUCAACUACUAUUGGAAAAAGGAGCAGAUGUUAAUGCUCAGGGUGGUGAAUUUGGAACUGCUCUCCAGGGCGCCUUAAUAGGAGGCUGCCAAGAGAUUGUCGAGCUACUUUUGGAAAACGGAGCCGAUGCUAAUGUAUAAGGUAGUGGUUAUACGGUUGCUCUCUCGCCUGCUUUCCCAGAACGUAACUUUAACCGAUUCAAAAGCGUCAAAUGAGUCGACCAAGGCAACCUAUAAUGCUCAUCAAAACUAGAGUUGUGAAAUGAAUUUACUAUCAUCAUGAU